GCGGGGCGCCUGACAAGGCCUGACCCGGAAGGGAUAGCGUGCGGUGACCUCAGCUUCCCUAGCAACCAAGAGGGCGCUAGCAGCAAUCAGCUGUGCCAAAUUUUCGGUCGCCUCCCGGGAUGCCCCUCCCGGUUAGCGAUUACAGCUGGCAGCAAACGGAAACUACGGUCUUUCUCUCUCUGCCCCUCCGAGGCGUCUCUAUCAGAGACGCCGACGUUUUCUGCACCGAAGACUAUCUGAAGGUCAACCACUCUCCAUUUUUAUUUGAGGUAUUUUUCUAUGCUCCCAUAGAUGAUGAGAACAGCAAAGCCAAGAUUGGCAACAAUGUUAUUGUCUUUACCUUAUAUAAAAAGGAAGCGGCCAUGUGGGAGACCCUGUCUGUGUCAGGUGUUGACAAAGAGAUGAGGCAAAGAAUAAGAGAAAAGUCUAUUUUACAAGCACAAGAGACAGCUAAAGAAGCUUCAGAAGCAAAAGCUGCAGCAAAGCGGGAAGAUCAAAAAUAUGCACUAAAUGUCAUGAUGAAAAUUGAAGAAGAAGAGAGGAAAAGAAUAGAAACUAUGAAAGAAAAUGAAAGGAUAAAAGCAACUAAAGAAUUGGAAGCCUGGAAAGAACAUCAAAAGACAGCUGGAAAACCAGAAAAAAUACAGAAAGAUGAGAAAUUUCAUCAACAAAAAAAGAAGAUUGAAGAAGAAAGAAAAAAACUGAAUAAUAAAAAGAGUCUUACUAAAAAUGUGGCAUCUAGAACUCUUCCCACAAAAGGAAGAGAUUCAGAAAAUAUAUUUUGUGAGAAGCUAAAGGAAGACAACGUUCCUGCUCCUCGUACUCUUGGCAGUAUUAAGAUCAACUUUACCCCUCGAGUAUUCCCAACAGCUCUCCGGGAAUCACAGGUAGCAGAAGAAGAGGAGUGGUUGCAUAAACAAGCAGAGGCACGUAGAGCAAUGAAUACUGAUAUUCCUGAACUUAGUGACUUAAAAGAAGAAGAAAAGAACCCAGAAUGGUUGAAGGACAAAGGAAACAAAUUGUUUGCAACAGAAAACUUUUUGGCAGCUAUUAAUGCAUACAACUUAGCCAUAAGACUGAACAAUAAGAUUCCAUUAUUGUAUUUGAAUCGUGCAGCUUGCCAUCUAAAACUCAAAAACUUGCACAAGGCUAUCGAAGAUUCCUCUAAGGCACUGGAAUUAUUGACACCACCUGUUACAGACAAUGCUAAUGCAAGAAUGAAGGCAUAUGUAAGACGAGGAACAGCAUUCUGUCAACUAGAAAUGUAUGUAGAAGGUCUACUGGAUUAUGAAGCUGCACUUAAGAUUGAUCCAUCCAACAAAAUUGUACAAAAUGAUGCUGAGAAGAUUCGUAAUAUAAUUCAAGGAACAGAACUAAAAUCUUAA